AUGGAUUAUCAGAAUAGAGCAGGAUCGAAGAAAGGUGGCGGUGGUGUUGCCGGAGAUGAAGAAGCCAAUAGACACAGAAGCGAGCGUAUACGACAGUUACUUGGCUCCAGCAUAGAUAUCGCCAACGAUCCUUAUGUGUUCAGAAACCAUCUGGGAGUGUUGGAGUGUAAGCUAUGCUACACUACACAUAAUACAGAAGCAUCAUACAUUGCGCAUGUUGGCGGAAAGAAACAUCAGAUGCAGUUGAUGUAUAGAGCACGGUCAGACCAGCAGAAGACGGAAGCAGAUGGCCUCAAGACGUCUGGUUUGGUGCUUUCGGAUAUAAAGAAGAGGAAAUACACAUCUAUAGGAAGACCUGGGUAUAAGGUGACGAAAAUCCGUGAUCCUGUGACUUACCAGAAAGGACUGUUGUUCCAGCUCAGCUUCAAGGAGCUAUCCGAAGAAGUUAGCAAGCCUCGAUACAGAUUGAUGUCUAGUUUCGAACAAAAAGUGGAGACCCCACCGCAGAAGAAUUUCCAGUACUUGGUGAUAUCUGGGGAGCCCUACGAGAAUGUAUCGUUCAAAGUUCCAGUUGGAGCGAUUGACAGGUCCAAGGAGAAGUUCUGGGACUACUGGGAUCAGGAUACCAAAGAAUAUUUCGUCCAAUUCUUUUACGAAAACUAA